AUGUUGCUGAGGUCUGGACUAUUAAGGCCCGUUCGUGUUUGGAAGAAUCUGGGUCUUUGUUCGAGGAUUACAGUCGGGGCCCAAACAAGGCAUAAGAGCACAGAUGCAUCAGAAGAUGAAGUGAAGCAUUUCCGGGAGCUGGCCCCCACGUGGUGGGACACCAACGGAUCGCAGAGAAUUUUACACAAAAUGAAUCUUGCCAGAUUGGAUUUUGUACAAAGAACGAUAAGAAACCAGGUCAAAAUUCAGGAUCCUGAGAUAUUUGUCCCUGCAUUCAACUACAAAGAGUUUUUACCCGAGUAUGUGUGUGAUAAUAUUCAACGUGAGAUACAAGAGAGUAUAGAGAGCAGUCUGGAUGAAAGACCGGGAAUGAGCGUCCUGGACGUUGGAUGUGGUGGCGGCAUCUUGAGCGAAUCACUAGCGAGACUCAAAUGGGUGAAAAGUGUUCAAGGAAUUGAUUUGACUCAUGAGUGUAUUAUGGUUGCAAAAGAGCAUUCCAAGAAAGACCCUAUGCUCGAGAGGAAGCUCAGUUAUGAAUGCAAGGCAUUAGAAGAUGUCACUGGACAAUUCAAUAUUAUUACUUGUAUGGAAAUGCUUGAGCACGUGGACGUACCCAGUGAAAUUUUAAGGCACUGUUGGACGAGGUUGAGUCCCGACAACGGGGUACUCUUCUUAAGCACCAUCAACAGAGAUCUUAUCUCGUGGUUCACUACCAUUUACAUGGGGGAGAACGUCUUAAAGGUUGUUCCAAAGGGAACACACCAUUUGAGCAAAUACAUCAAUUCGAAAGAAAUUAUUGCCUGGUUCAAUGAUAACUACAGUGGCCAAUUCCGAUUACUAGACCUAAAGGGAACCAUGUACCUUCCAUUGCGAGGGUGGGUCGAACACGACUGCUCGGAUGUCGGUAAUUACUUCAUGGCUAUACAAAGACUAGAAUGA